AUGAAUCUCCACUCAAGCUUUCUAUUACCCUGAGCUUCUCCGCAAUCCAUGCUAUCCGGCUUGCCGUUCCAUUAUUGCCAAUGAAAAAGCUUUCUACGUUUCUUUACAGAACCAUGCUGCCGGUUGUAAGAGGUUGCCGUCCAUGUAAUUGGAAGGGUCAUCCACGAGACCGAACCGUCUGGGGCUGCGGUCCAAGAGCCAAGGGUUUCCGAUCCAUUGUUUUUUCUGGAAUAUGUAAUAGGGUUGAACCGCUCAGCGACAGUAAAUAAACGAACUUCAAGCACUUCGUCUUUAAGUUACUCCACUGCUUGCCGACAGCAUGGCGUUUGCGCCGCUCAUUCAGCGAUAUGGACUUGGUAUCCUCGCGAUCCUAAGUGUCAUUAAUCUAUCAACGGCAGCGCCGUUUAACGCGGCAUUAAACGUUGCCGAUGCGCCAUGUACGGAACCAAGAGUACGGCGAGAAUGGAGAAGUUUGAACGACGCGGAAAAGGGAGAGUACAUCGGUGCAAUAAAAUGCCUGAUGGCAGCGGCACCUACGGGAAAGCAAUACUUCGAGCCCAUCACAAGUCGAUAUGAGGAUUUCGUUGCUAUGCACGUCAAUGCCACUGGUGGCGGCGUCCUUAACACCGAAAGGGGUUUCCCAAUGGGAGGUACAACAGGCAUUCACGGUGUUGGGAUCUUCUACCCCUGGCAUCGAUACACGGUCUGGCAGUUUGAAGAGACAUUGCGCAACGAAUGCAAUUAUACCGGGGCGCAACCAUACUGGGAUUGGCACUUGGACACUCCGGAGGCAGGAGGCUCAUUUGUCACAUCACCUCUAUUCGAUCCAGUCACUGGGUUUGGAGGAAAUGGAGCGGAGGAUGAGGAGGAUGAUGAUGAAGGGAGUAGGGGAUGGGGAAGUGCGUUUGGUGGGUUCUUUGGAGGGGGGUCCGGAGGCGGGUGCAUCCAAGAUGGGCCGUUCAAGGACAUCAAGCUGCAUCUAGGUCCUAUGUCGACUGUAAAAGUCGGCAAUGAACGGUGUCUAACGAGGGAUUUCCAAGGGGCAUCGGCUGAGCGUUCCGCAACCAAAGCAAAUAUCGCAAAAACGCUGGCAAUCGACACAUAUGCAUCCUUCCGAUCAUCCACUGAAGGGUCAAGCGGAUUGCACAAUGCUGGACACGGCGGCAUGAUGGAUGUAUUCUCUUCGCCCAACGACCCUCUUUUCUGGAUGCAUCACACCCAGAUAGACCGUAUUUGGGCCAUCUGGCAGUCUCAAAGUGAGUCAAGGCUUGCAGAAAUGGCCGGGACUACCCGGGCACCGGUGACACUGGACUCAAUGUUGUGGAUGGGGUUCAAUGCUCCAGACCAACCUGUUCGAACGGUGAUGGAUACCCUCAAUAGGAACGGCGAGGGCUUUUUGUGCUACAAAUACGAUGUUGGCAUAGAGGAGUUUGUAGAUUGA